CGGAGGAACCACAGAGCUAAAUCCACAGCCCUGUUGUGAUUUUGUUCCCAGAGAUGGCCUUGGGGUCUCAGGCCUCUUCUUUGGAAAGCUUCUGCUCCCUUGUAAGCUCAUUAUAUGUCCACACACCUGGGACCAAUCAGAAAGCGUUGGGGCUGGGGAUUUAGCUCAGUGGCUACUGCCUGCCUUGCAAGGAAGGGCAAGGUCCUGAGUUCAAUUCCACGUACCAAAUAAACAAACAAGAGAGCUCUGUGUUUUCAAUUGAUCUGUGUUACAUUGGACUCACAUACUCAAUUGUUUUUGCCCUAGGUCCCACACAAUGCAGAUCUGAGGCGGAAGUUCCUGGUUUUCACUUUAUGUUGAGAUCUGUUUUCCUAAGGGCACUAAGUAAACAGAAACUCCCAGAGCCACUGUUGGUUUGAUCCUGAUUUGCUGUUUUCAGUCUGUGCCUGGGCAUGGACUUUGGAUCUGUUCUCCUGUGGGUUUUUAGCAGUUCCUGUUCCAGGCAGGAUGUCACCUUGGACGUUUCAGGUGUUAAUGCUGCCGCUGCUGCUGCUGCCCACCCUGGGCCGGGCUGCUCCCAAGGAUGGGACCAUGAGGCAGGACCUUGAAGUGCAGCCCCAGCCCCUGCCUAACCCCUUCCACCCAGGGCCGGAGCAGCUCCGAGUGCUGCAGAACCACCUGAAGGGACUAGAGAGGAUGGAAGAGGACCCGGAGCACAUGAACAGGGAACAGGUUCUCCUCUACCUCUUUGCUCUCCAUGACUAUGACCAAAGCGGACAGCUGGACGGGCUGGAGCUGUUGUCCAUGUUGACAGCAGCGCUGGCCCAUGGAGUGACCAACUUUCCUGCAAACCCAGUGAUCCUGGUUGUAGACAAGGUGCUCGAGACACAGGACCUGGAUGGGGAUGGGCUCCUCUCCCCUGCGGAGCUCAUCAACUUCCCAGAAGAGGCCCUCAGGGACACAGAGCACAGAGAGUCCCUCAUUGCAGCACCCCAGAAAACACAGACUGUCAGGGAGCAGCCCCAGUUAGCUAAGAACCCACUGAGACAAGAAACUCAGGGGGCUGUGGAACCCAGAGAAGAAGCUGGGGACCAGGAAGAGGCCAGGAGGGCAUCCCUGGAGCCUGUCCAGGAGGCUGGGGAUCAAUCAGGGGCUAAAGGAGACACCCCAGGUCCCGAAGAGGGAGAUAGGAGACAGGUAGAGAAUGAAGGAGAAGCCCCAGGUCCCAGAGGUGAUGCUGGGGGGCAGGCAGAGGCCAGGGACAGUGGGGCAGAAGCCAAAGAGCUUCCAGAAGAAACACUGGAGCCCAGGAAUACCCCGCAUGAGCUUGAGGCUCAUAGUAUCCAACUGGAGAAUGUUGAGAUGUGAACCCCAGGGAUACAGGCUUGCACCCCUCAAAGUCUCAGUGUCAGGAUGGAAGCCUGAAGGGUGGGGUGAAUACUGCUGGGACGAGGACCACCUCUGUGUCCCCUCUGCGACCCCAAUAGGUGGCAGGUCUGUCUGCAGCUCAGGGAGAGGCUAAACUGAAGGACAGCUUUGGGACCCAGACAACCAAUAAAGGACAAGAUGAAUACACCUGCUGGGUGUCUGUCUGCUGGCCCAGCCUAUCCAGAGCUAGGGGCACGGGGAGCAAGGACUGGGACUCUGGAAAAGACAGAGAUUCUGUAUCCCCAGGCCCAGGGGUGCAGCAGCGCCUAUGGCCCGAGGCACAGCCAGCUACAGAUACCCUAUGAAGAAAGUUACUCUUGGAGCCCAGAUAUCCACCUGCCCUCUCUGCGCCUGGCAUUCAGGCACCUUAUGCCCUCCUGCAACUCCGGGCAGAUGUUUCCCAUCACCUUGUAUCUGUCCCCUAUUACCCCUAGGUAAUUUUUUGGAGGUACUGGGGCUUGAACCUAGGGUAACAUUGGAACAAUGUAACACUGAGUUAUGUCUGCACACGCCCCUUACUUAUUUAUUUUUAUUUUGAGACAAGGUCUUACUAAGUUGCUACAUUGUCACAGCUGGGCUUG